UCUUAUUUUAAUUUCCAAUACACGUUGCAGGCAUAUUUUUAAUUACAAUGUUUUCAAUUAAUAUUAUAAUUUUUUCGAGUAUCGUAUUUUUUAUUAAGGAAAGUAGUGCUGUAAAUUCAAACGAAGUAAAUUCUACGGUGGAUAUAACAUCGAGUGACAAUGUAAAAGAGAAAUUUUAUAAGUACGUUGAUAAUAAGGAUGGAUUAAUCUCUACAACAGGAGUACAGGAACUAUUAUUUAAAGAGCUGAACGUAUUCGUUACUAUUGACCAAGCAAAGAAAUUUGUAGCUUUGUUUGAUCGAGACGGCCACCACAAAAUUGGAUUAAAAGAUAUCAAAAAAAUAGAACUGAUGCUGGCUAUUUUGUUAAAGAAGGAAACAUUAAAUAUAGAGGAUAAUCACGACGACGACGGCGAUAGCACUAUUUCGGCCAAUGAUAUUGAUUUAUUUUUAUUAAAUGAUUUUGAUGGAGAUAUAAGGUUGAAAAAAGCAAAAGAAAUACUUCUAAUUAGUGAUCAAGACGAAAAUGGUCCAAUAGAAUUUGAAAAAAUGGAAGAACUAGGAAAAAUAACAACAUCUUCGUUACAGAAGAAAACAUCUAGUAAUACUUGGGAAGAGAUAUUUAGAAAUUACGACAAAAAUAAUGAUGGCAAUAUCUCAGCAGAAGAUUUUCAGAAAUUUGCUUUACAAAAUCAAAAAAUAAACCUUAGUUUGGAAGAGAUAAAAAAAAUUACAGAUGUAUUCGAUGAAAAUGACGAUGGUCAAAUUAAUCUUAAUGAAUUUCAGAAAAUAGUUAAGUUAAUGAUGGUUUCGUUUAAGAGAGAUCCAGAGACAGUUAAAUAUCUAAUAGCAAAAAAUAUAUUUCAAAAUUACGACGAGAACGGCGACGGUUUUAUAACCGUAAAUGAAUUCCGAAAAUUGCUAGCAAAAGAGUUUUACCUAAUUUUAAGAACACAAGAAGCUGAAGAAAUAAUAAAAAACUACGAUACAAAUAACGAUGGUAAAAUCGAUAUUGAAGAGUUUGAAAAUAUGGAUAUAAUGCAGUCCAAGGUCCAGUACGAAACGUUAGAUGACUAUUCGGAAGAAGAUUGGAUUCACAAAUUCAAGAGAUACGACGUAAACGAUUCUGGGAAAAUCUCCACAUCGACAUUCCAGACAUUGUUACAAAAAGAGUUUUUCAAAGUCAUCGACAUUGAUCAUGCAAAAGCAUUAUUAGAGGUGUUCGAUAUAGACGGCAAUCAUGAAAUAGAAUUUGAAGAGUUCAAAAAAAUGGGACCAAUACUGACAAAAUCACUUAAGAUAGAAUUACAACCGUACCAAGAUGCUUUCAAUCAUUUUGAUAUUGAUCGUAAUCAGUAUGUUACCGCUGAAGAAUUAAAGCAAUCGUUGAAAACUUUAAAUAUAGAUAAAACAAUGGAUGAAGUAAAACAAACAAUUAUGCAAUUCGACACUGACGGUGAUGCCGAAAUUAAUUUGCAAGAGUUUAUAGAGAUGAUAAAAAUGAUGGACUAAAUAGAAACCUCUAACUUAAGCUAACAACUAUAGUACAUUAUAAUGUAAUAGCAAAAAUAUUUAGAAAAUAAAAAUCUAUUUUUAAUAUUUUAAUUUAUUUAGGUAGAACUUACUCUUUUUUAUCACUGCUCUAAAUUACUUGACAUCAGGAACCCUUAUUAGCUACUAAAUUAUAUUUACAACGAUAUUCCUAUAUACACUGCAUUUACACCAAUCACUCUAUAUAUUUUUAUGUAAUCUCUAAAUAUAAUUAAUAUAGAGCAUUUUAAUUAUAAAUUACUAAGUAAAGCGGUAUUUAAUUUUUUCUUCUCUAACUUCUCAUAAUAAAUUGCCAUAUACAUAAUAAUGGUUUCGUUGUUAAAUAUCCUAAUAGGAAUCCAAAUUGAUUUUUCUACACUCUUUAUCAUUUCUUUUCUCUUACAUUGCUUCCCAAACGUUUAUUGUGUAACUUAUGAGCACCUAUCCUAUUCUCCACAAAAAAUUACUUAUCAGCUUCACCGAAGCUUUAAUCUUAAGCUUAACAACUUCUUCUCCAAAUAUCUGGUAUUUUAUUUUUUCACGCAAUAUAUUGUCGAAAACGU